AUGAAGAAAAUUAAUGCUACCCUUGUGAUGAUGAUUGGGUUGGUUGUUGCAACAACCCUUCAUUCACAAUUGGUCUCACCGGUCAACCCAUCGAUUGGUCAAGAGAAGUCCAAAGUACUGCUGGCUCACAAGCUUGUAGAGUCACAUCAUCGGGUGGUUUCACCAAGACCACAACCGCAGAUCGUGUCCUCGUCAUCGUCAUCGUCAGCCCCACCCAAAUCAUUUGAUGACGACGAUGACAAUGAAUCUCAAUCUCAGGACUCCAGCCUUGCCACUACUACGACACCCUUUUCUGCCUCCUCCUCGUCUCCACAACCAGUUAAAGUUCAUUUGAACUCUCAUAAAUCAUACAUCCAUGAUUUCUUUGUCCAUGAAUCCAAAAAUAAACCAGUUAAGGCCGCUUCGUACACCGAUCCAAGGUCACCCGAGGGAAAACUCAAAACGGUCAUCACAUCCUAUGGCGAUAAAAUAUCCAAUCAAAACGACUUGAAACCAUACACUGAGCAUAUAGUGGAGGAGAACCGCGACACAGAUGUGCGCUAUAACGAUAUAAGCUACAAGAAAUAUGGACGAUUGGUGGUGACCUCCCCAUCGUCACCAUCAGAUAUACACUACCAUUACGCCUCCAGUUCCAAAUUGGACGUUCCCAAGUUCAUGGAGUACCUCCUUGACAACGGGUUCUCGAUAGAGGAUUUAGAUUUCCUACGUCAAAAUGAUUUGAAUUAUGGAUUUGAUGAAAUAGAACGGGAAUUAGAAAAAAUUAAUCGUGAUAAGGCUGAGGCUCCACCACCAAGAACGAUCCAAAUUGGAGGAGAAGAAGACAUUGUGAAAGGUGGAACAAGUUCCACAUUUGCACCACCACCUCUCCUCUACUUGAUAACUAGCCUAGUUUUCGUUCUUGUUGCUACUUCCUUCCAAAACGUCUACAUUGGUGCUUGA